GAGAAGCGCAUGACUUGAUUGUUGCAGAAGCUGUACUUGUUUGUAACUCGAGUUCCGAAACUUUAUUUGGACCAUUUGUUGAAAUGCUGAGCUAUUGUUCCGCGGGGAGUCCCACUGGAGCAGCUUUAGUGGGUUUGUGGGCAGGUUUAACACGGAUCGCGGUAGUUCUUGAUCAUUUGAAGAACAUUAUUUAAUCUAGUUUCGAGUUUUUGAACGGCAUCUUAAAGACGCCGUCAGAUACUGAGCACUGAAUCGAUGGAGACCAAUGGAUCUGCCUGCAAAUCACUGUUGGAAAGUUUUGAUCGGAGUUGAAAAAGUUUCUUUGAUCAAGGGGAUGAGUCAGUGUCGGCUAGAUUUGACCUGCUAACAAAAGAACACCGAAACAAACGUUUUACGUGCUAGUGCUUUCAGAUCGCGUUAAAACAGUAAUCGCUCGUUUCAGUUGGGAAUGUUACAUUGUUUCUCUUCUCUUCUCUUCAGAUGAGCGGGGGAUUCGAUACAAUGUAUCAGAGUGACUCCGAAGCGGUCGUGCGAUUGAGGAUACAAGGACCACUGACCUAAAAUACAGUUUUAACUUGGAACACUUUGAAAGUCAUUGAGAAUGAUCAAAGCGGAGAGCAAGGGCGAGCGCACCCUGCGCAGCGCGUCCCCGCACAGAAAUGCAUACAAGUCGGACUUCCAAGCCAUUAAGUGCUCUUUUGAUGGGACCAAAUCCAACAGCGAGGACAAGUCUUAUGCUAAUGGAGCCAGCGACCCCCGGGAGGACACCAGAGGGAGGCCGUCGGGCAACCGGGUCAACAAAAUAAAGAACAUUUUCCUGCAAAUGGACGGCCAGCAACCACCAGAGAGUCAGGAACUGGCUCACAAAACAGAUGCAUCUUCUCCUGUAUCCCCAGUGUCCAAGUUCCCAGUCAGCACUCACAAAACCUGCCUCAGUAGCGCCAACAACCAAGAACCGCACAGCACUGACAGAACCCCAAAGGGAGAGGAAGUCGAGAUAGAUAAAUGCGCCCUGGCAGAAAAAUUUUCAGUUACCAGAAAAAUCUUUGAGCGAGGCAUGACAGAGCAACCUGCCGCAGUGCCCAGCAGAGUUUCUAUUCGUGGGGCCCGGCGGUCCUUUGGAUCUUCUGAAAAUUGCAGCAAUAGUGUCAUCAAAAGCCCGACGUCACCCAGUGCCCCAGAGGAGGUUGAGGAAUCAAAACAGGUCAAUAGACUAUCACUUAACGCUGGGCCUAUUUCAAGGCGGCUGGAGAACUUCAUUGUGGAUGGCGACAAAGAUGAGUCAGUGCAAGCUUCUGCUAAAAGUCCUGAGAAAGUGAGCAGCCCCACUGAGCGCUCGCUGCCAUCACCUCUACGAGCGAGUUCCCAGAAACCCACCUCCCAUGGUACUGAUCCAGCACACAAACCCACAUCCCCAAACUCUGACACGUCACCCAAACCGUUCUCGCCUGAAACAGACUCUCCUCACAGCCCUCCGUUCAAGUCCAUCAGUCCGGUGUCACAUAAACCCACCUCUCCGACCAGCCGGAGCACCGGCGAGCCUCUUUCACCAGCUGCCCAAAACCCAUUUAAACAUUCUCCAUCAUCAGGAAAUGACUCGGUGAAGGAACCCAUGAUAAAUGAAACAAACCAACUUAGUAGUACUCCUGCGAAAGAUCUCAAAGCUUCAGCAAGUAGUGCAUAUAAACGGCCUCUGAGUCCUGAGGAACCAAAAAGUGAAAACCAAAUAAUCCGCAGUCCGUCAAGGGACAUCUCCCGUGAGCGAUGUCUGGACCCCGCUGGUGCAGGGGUGGUGCGGGCCGAGCUGGUAGUGGUCCAGAACGAGUCUUCAGAAAGUGAGGAGAGUGAUGAAGAGUUUUUGGAGGAUGUUAUGACAGAGGUGAAGCUACAAAGGGAACUUAAAUCUGGGGAACCGAUAGAUGUUGCUGACCUUUCGAAAGUGUUAUCUUCUCAAAACCAUUCAGAAGACAAACAGCUGGAGAAGGAUGCAUUGUUAUCAGCAGAGCUGAAGAAAGAGGAGCCAAAUCAAGAGGAUGAAGAAGAGGAGGAGGAGAAGAUCAUACAAAAGAGGAAUAGUGGUCAUGAAGAUGAUGAUGAGGAGAGCGAGCGGGAAGAUCCAGAUGAAUGUGGGAAAUCUUCUCCAGUGUUUUAUAGUUUUGAGAACGCAGCGUUUGUGGAUGAUAAGGAACAGGUUCAGGACCAGCAGGAUGAAGAGGAUGAGGAUGAAACCGAGGUGUUUGAGGAGUAUGAUGAAGUUCCUGGUUUGUCUGAGGAUGAAGGACAGCCUCCAAGAAGGAAAAUCAGAUUCUCCACUGAGCCAAUACGGGUGUACAGCACGUUCUCUAAUGAAGAGUACGACCGGAGGAACGAUGAUGUGGAUCCUGUGGCGGCGUCUGCCGAGUACGAGCUGGAGAAACGGGUGGAGAAGAUGGACGUGUUUCCUGUGGAGAUCGAGAAAGGUGAUAAAGGGCUGGGGAUCAGUAUUAUCGGGAUGGGUGUUGGGGCAGACCAGGGUCUGGAGAAACUGGGCAUCUUCGUCAAGACUAUCAUGCAGGACGGUGCUGCAGAGAGAGAUGGGAGGAUCCAGGUGAAUGAUCAGAUUGUGGAGGUGGAUAGCAUCAGUCUGGUUGGUGUGACGCAACUCUUUGCUGCGACCAUCCUCAAGAACACGAAGGGAACUGUCAGGUUUCUGAUUGGCCGAGAGAAGCCAGGUACUCAGAGUGAGGUGGCCCGACUGAUCAGUGAGACCCUCGAGCAGGAACGGCAACAGCAGGAGGAGGACACAUACGAGCAGUCCACUGAAGAGGACGAGCACUACGAGGAUGAGGAGGAAGGGGGGGAGGAUGGCAUCCUCGAUUCGAGUUUCGGCAGGAGGAAUGUGGAAGUGUACGAUUUGCCCGAGAGCGAAGAAAUGUUCCUGCCGUCAAACAUGGAUGGCGCUCAACUAACGUUCAGAUUUAAAGAGCUCCAGAUAAAACACACUAUUGCAGAAGCCGAAGUAGAUGAACUGAAAGAGAGAUUGAGAGAGUCGUCAGAGGAGCGUGCGGCGUGGGAAGAGAGGGAAGCUCAGUUAGAGAGGAGCGUUCAGGAGAACUCGGAGAGAAUCGCUCAGAUGGAGAAGAACUGGCUGGAGGCUCAGGAUCUCUGUAAGAGCAUUAACGAACAGCUCAAUGACACGCAGAGCCAAUAUGAAGCUCUGGAUAUAAAAUACAGCAAAGCCAAGAAACUGCUCAAGGACUAUCAGCAGAAAGAGGCGGAGUAUGAGCAGAGAGAGGAGGACUUAAGGAGAACUCUGGAAGAGAGAGAGGCUGAAUAUAAAAUACAGAUAGAGGAUCUGCAGCGCAGGCUGGCGAAGCUUGAGUCUGCUCAUCAUGAGCCUCCACUGUCAGGCAGUAAGUCAGCAGAUUCGAUUCUGCUGGGAGCGGACUGGAGUGAGGUGGUUCCUGAGACGCAGCGUUUGGACACCAGCGCCCAUCGUGCAAAGGCCCAGCUGUCCCAGAGAAACAAACGACAGCCGCCGUCCCGCAGUAAACUCAAAGAGACGCUCAGCUCCCCAGCGAGAAGCCCACAGGGUGAUGAUGAGAGUCAGUCUGUGUGUCCCGAGUCUCCUCCGCCUCAUAGGAGAUCGUUCCAGGAGAGUUUGUCCCUGCCGGUCGCCAUAUCUUCUCCUGCUAACCACCCGAAAGAUGAAGGUUCUGUUACGAGCAGCAGCCAAUCAGUGCAGAGGGAUCCUCAAGACCCCGCCCUCUCCUCCCCUAAAGACUCCUCCCCCUCCAGCUUCCUACGGAAUGUAAAGAAGAGAGAGUCCAAAGGCAAGGGCAAAGAGGUCAAAGAAGAGUCUAAUGAUGCAGCCGGAAAAGCCAAAAGAAGAUUCCCAGAUUUCGGUGGUUUAAGGAAAUCAGGAGGCAAGGGGAAGAAACUAAGCAAAGAAGCUAAGAGGGCGUCAAUGGACAGCAGGGGUUCAGCGGAGUUACUGGAGGAGUCAAGGGCCCAAGUCUCCCCUUCAGAGUCCAUGACCUCCAUCCCCACCUGCAUGCCCUUCUCCUGGUUUGGAGAGAAAGACAAAGAGCGCUCGUCCAGCAGUCUCCCACACACCACUGCAGACGCCAGCAUACACAGCCACAGCUCCAAAAACAAGACAAACCUCUCCUGGUCUUCUCUGUUCAGUCGCUCCUUAGAUUUGACUUUGUCAGUGCUAGAUGAUUCGAACCCCAGCAGUCCAACUUCCGACUUUUCUGGGCUGGUGGUGGAGCCCAACCUGUCGGGCCGCUCUCAUACAUUAACCUUCUCCUCAAGCGAGAUUCUGGAUGAUGAGGAGCCUUGCUCUGGAGGGAAGGAGUAUCACUGGCAGAACCGUCCCAUCUCUGAUUGGACAUCCCAGCAGGUGUGUCAUUGGCUGAUGGGUAUGAACAUGGAUCAGUACACACCUGAGUUCAGCACACAGGCCAUCGAUGGACAGCAGCUCCUCAAUCUGGACAGUGACAGACUCAAGGCUCUGGGCGUUUCCAGUCAGAGUGACCGAGCCACAAUCAAGAAGAAACUGAAGGAGAUGAAGAAAGCACAAGAGAAGAUGGAGAAACAGCGAGAAAAGCGUGAGAAGGAGGCCAGACGCAGCGGACGUCUGCCAGCCAGCACUGACUCGUUGUGCUGAUGAUCUUCAGUUUCUUCAUCUUUACACUUUAUUUCUCCACACACUCCAGCUCCUCCCACACGUAUGAGCCGCUCUAGAGGAGUCACUUUGAAUGAAUUCGGUCAGUAACUCGUUAAUAACAGUCAGGCGGUCAUCCGGAAACACUAAUGAAGCUGCUUACAAGACAACAUUCACUCUCUCCAGUUCAGUCUGUGCAGCACA